AUGAGCUUUACCAAGGGUCUGGCGUCAAGCUCACUUUCUGAGAAGCAAUGUCGCCGUAUUAAUACAUUCGAUGAGGAAAUUAUGAAUAACAGUACACCCAAAAACCAUAUAGAUUGCGAUAAAUAUAUUUACAAGAUAGCCCAUCAGCACCAAUGUGAUUCGGAACUGACGCCGAGCCUACGGUUUAACUUAGCGCACGAUAGCUUGCAGCUACUGCUGUCCAUCGAUGAGUUUUCAACUCGACUAGAGGGCGGUGACGAUAAUGAGAUUAAGGACCAUCUAGGAUCAAUUGAGGUCAACGUGAACGAGGCAUUAACAGAGCUAAGCUCGACAUAUAAAUUGAUAGGAUACACUCCUCACCAGAUAGCUGCAAAAAAGGCGGAAAUCUUCACUUUGAUUCAAGACACGAUUACAUAUUUUGCAGGUAACUUGCAACGAGAAAGAACCAAUAUAGAGAACGAAUGCGAAUGGUUACGACAGCAGAUUCAAAUCAUACUAGCUAUGAUUAACGACGUUAGGGGGGACAAAUUGUUGACUUUGCGACAAAAAGGGUUGGCUUUUGAUAACGAGCAGCAGUAUACUGAUGGCUACAAGGAAGAAGUCCUAUCCAAGAUGUCUAGUCCCAAUUUUAUAUUAGAAAACGAAGGAGAUGCACUACUAUUGGAACUGCAGUACGAGUCCAUAACCAGAAGUAUACCCGAAUUGACAUUAAUUGAAAAAAGAUACCAGUUAAAUAACAUCUUUUUCAAUGUUUUAAAAGUAUUUGUUUGCAAGUUUCAAAAGUUCAAUUUGUUAAAUUUGAAAUAUGCUACAUUGAUAAAUAUCCUUGGGAAAGCUAAUAACAAUAGCAAUAAUAACAAUAAUAACAACAAUAGCAAUGAUUGCUCGUUCCUCCCAGCAAUAGAAGAAGCAGAAAUACAUCGUCAAGUAAUUACCGAAUUUGAGCAACUAGUAAAAAUGGCGGAUCCAAUGAAAACUGCGGAAUUGCAGCAUGCAAGUCAAUUCAGUUUGGCAAGUCCCACCAAAGAAAAAAAGAAGAAGAAGCAAAACUCUGAUUAUAAUAAACUCGAGGAAGAAGCUAACGAAAGUGGAUUGGAUAGGUUGCGGGAAUUAAACUACCAACUAGUGAGGAUUAUUCGGGGUUUAAAAAUCACAAAAAUUAACACAGAUUUGAUUCAGAUUAUUGAAAAUACCAUCGAAGUUUUGGAACAGGAGUUUGAAGAGCGGAAACGCUGCAUGAGGCAAACAGCUCUGAAAUGCCUUCAAUACAUAGAAUUUUUACAAUUCAAAGAUGAACAACUUAGUGAUUUGCAAAAUCCACAAUCCGGAAUGCAACUAGACUCGAUGAUUCUACAUUCCAUCACUGAAAACCCGCAGAAUUUUGGAAUGCUUCCCCAACAUGUUGACCACUUGAAUAAAGUCCAUUUGGCUCUAAAACAAAAAAUAGAUCAGAAAAAAGAACAGUGGAGCCAAUAUUCUGAAAAAUGUAAACAAUUGUGGCUAAGGCUUGGUGAGAGUAAUGAAUACAUGGAAGAAUUUAUGACUAGAAAUGAUAACUUAUCAGAUCUUGCGAUAUUGAAUUUCAAAAUGGAAUUGAACAGGCUUUUUAUAAAGCGUUCCGAACACAUCGAAAGGUUUAUUUCCGAAACAAGAGCCGAAAUCGAGCAGGCUUGGGACAAAUUGUUUUACUCGCAAGAAAUGAGAAUGGAAUUCAGAUAUUACAACAAUGAUGCUGAACUAGGUGUCAGCGAUAAAGAUGUAAUCUUGAAUGCCCAUGAAGAGGAGUUACACAUGUUGAAUAAAGAGUAUGCAGAUAAAGCUAAAAUAUUUAAGCUUUAUGACGAGUUGUUGGAUUUGUUGAAAGACCAGAAAUUUUUACAGGAAAGCUCAAAAGAUUCGUCGCGAUUGUUGAGUAAAAACUCAUGUAAGAUUUUGCUCAAUGAAGAGAGGUUGAGAAAAAGGAUCAAUAAAAGCAUGCCAAAUAUUCUAGCCUCCUUGAAAGAUGAGGUGACAGCAUACAAUCGAACAGCAUCGCUGGAAGGCAAACGACCCGUCCUAUUUAAUGGUAAAAGCUUUUUAGAGGAAAUUAAACGGAUUGAAACAGAACAAAUGAAUUCGGGUAUGAAAUUCAGACCAAAAACAUCUGGAUCCCCAACAAAAUUAGGUGCUGGUGCUGCUUCAAGAGUACAACCCGAAGGAACAAUUGCACUGAAUUUCCUAAAAACAACAUCCAAUGGUAGAGCAAAAAUCAACAAAUCGCCAACAACUUCAAGGCCCUCAUCACUGAAUAGAACAUUACCUACUACUAUGCGUAAUAGUAGCGCGCACUUCAAUACCUUUACCAUCAACUCAUCUUCCGCCAGUUUGUUUAGUCCUAUGCGUGCCUCGAGAAACAAUUCUCAAACAGGCAUGACCAUAUUCAAUGAGUUACAACCAUUGCGUUCUCCUUUGAAACCAAGGACAAACCUAAACUCUACAUCUCCAACUAACAAAAACAGUCAAUCCAAAAAAGCACAAGAACAACAAGCAGAGCCUUUUAGGUUUGCUCCGAUUCCAAUCCAAACUAGCUUUUUGGAUCAAAAUCAUCUAGAAAGAGUGGACAAUGUAUCCAAUAAUGACACAUCCACGCUAAUCGGAGAUGAUUAUGUCAAUUGGAGAGAUGAGAAAAUCAGGCAACUUAACGAAAUGUAA